CCUGUAGCUAGCCUGAGUGUCAACUACCUAAUCAAUCUAUUUCCUGCAUCCUUGCAAGCCUGCACCUUGACAGUAAUUGCAUUCUGUGAUGUAGAAGAGGGCGCACCAUUAUGGCCUAUCCAGUCUCAGAAGCGUCCUACCACUAAUGCUGUUACAUCCACCCAUGCAAAAAGGCAAGAGUGCUCCCAGGAGGAUGCAGAUAUGGUCACUCCACCAGGCUAUCACAUUGGUUCAGAUAAGCUCACUAGGCCAACGACCAAUGAUCUGCUUCCUCUGUGUUGGGAACCCUGGACUGCUGAUGGAGAAGCGAACCAGGAAAUACAGUACGCCGGGGUCCCUAAGCAGACAUGUUCGGCAAACACAUGUGAGGCCUUGUUGGCCAGAAGGCAGGACAAUCAAAUGCAAUAUCUGCCGUGUGGAACUAGAGAAUAA